UCCGCCGGCCCACCCGGCUAUGUUAUCUAACCCCGCAUCGCACCCCACGGAUCCAAGCUGUGUCGCAUCUCCACACGACCGACUCUCGCAUCCACCUACUCACUGCUCACUCACUGCACACCAUGCCAGCCCUCACCACGGAAGAGUGCUACGCCCACGCCUCUCGCUUCAACGGCCGCGUCGCGCUCAUCACCGGCGCCGGCUCGGGCUUCGGCCGCGCCCUCGCACUCAAGUUCACCGCGCUCGGGGCCAAGGUCAUCCUCGGCGACGUUGACGCCAAGGGGCUCGCGGAGACGGUGCGCCUUGUCGAGGCGUCGGCUGGCAAGGGCAAGGCCGUGUCGGGCAAGUGCGACGUCACGUCGUGGGACGACCAGAAGGCGCUGUUCGCGCUCGGCGCGAAGACGUUCGGCAACAUCGACAUCGUGCUCCCCAACGCCGGCGUUACUGAGCUCCACCCCUUCGACCCCUCGCAGCUCACCGACCAGGACGCAGGUCCCACGCCGCCCAACCUCACGACGCUCAACAUCGACCUCAUCGGUGUUCUCUACACGACGCGCUUGGCGCUGUGGUACUUUGAGUACCACGACAAGCGUGAAGACCCUGGACUCCGCGCCAUCACGCUCACAGGCUCCAUGUCGUCCUUCUACGGCUCGUACGGCGUCAACUACAGUGUCGCCAAGGCCGGCGUCGUCGGCCUCAUGAAGGGCCUUAUCCCCUCGGCGAACGCGCUCGGUAUCCGCGUCAACACCAUCUGCCCCUACUUCUCCAAAACCGCCAUCCUCAACGACGACUUCGUCCACCCGCACCCCGAGCUGGGCUUCGCCAAGAUCGAGGACGUCGUCGCGGCCUUUGUGGCAUCGACGUCGGACACGAACCCCAAGAGCAACCUGUCGGCGUGGCUCAUCCCGGAUCAGUGGGGCGUGUACCGCAUGGACGCGCGGGGCGAGUUUGUCGGCGCCGAGAUGGCGCGCCGACCGAAGGGACAGAACCCGAAGAACAAGGGCGGCGCGAAGUUGUAGUUGCUGACUUGGUGGGAUGUCACUACCUA